AUGCUCAGUGGCACAAUGUCUGCUCGACUGAGGAAUCUCGGGGAGAUUCAUGGUUGGCUUCAGUCGAUGUUUGCGCACCGCAUGCGCUAUGGAGGUGGAAAGAUGUUAAACAAUAGUGAUGCAGUCAGCGAAGCUCAACAAAAUUUGAUCAUGAAACACGCAGAUUCUCGCACAUUCCUCAACCAUUACCUUCCGCGACAUGUUGACACGGACAUGCAGAAUGUGAUGAACGGCCGCCUAUCCAACAAAUCCCUCAUGCGUGCAGUCACCCGCAUGAGCAGGUGGAUUGAUACCAGACGGCCUCGACACCUGACUCCUGGGCAACGAGCUUCGAUCCGUGAACAUCCAGAGUAUGUCGAAGCGGUCCGGCGAUUGGAUGAGCAAGCUGAAAUAUGUAUCUAUGAUCCGAGAGAGCAGAUGAAAUUGCGACGCGACAAAUUCGCACGCGAAAAGCUCAACACCUUUGGCCGGCUAGAGAGGGCAUUGAGACAAAAAGUUCGAAAGGAGUUUGACCGUAAACAGGCGAAUGUAGACACUGAGCGGCAGCUCUCCGGAGCAGCUAUCGACAACGAGGAAGCGAAAAACGCGUUGCGAACAGACAGUAUGCUGCCAGAGCAGAUUGAUCUUCUCGAAAAGUUGUUGACCUGGCCGACUUCCCAUUCAUUGGAAGUAGAGUGGGAGAGACGAAAUGCUGCUGUCGCUGCCAUCUCGCGAUAUUGUUGUCACCUUGAAGGCGGGCCACUACGUGGACGAUGUAAACGGCCGGUUCCAAGCGAUGAGCCCGACGAACAGCACACAGCAAUGGAAAAGCGAGCAACAAAAAUAGCCUCGAUCCCUCCUGAAAUGUCAAAGGAACAAUUGCUUCUGGAGAAGGCGGGAAACUAUAUCCGGAAGGCUAAAAAACCUCGACGAUGCUUUCAAUGUUAUGGUAAUAACAUGCUGCCUGUUCAUCGUCGAACACACAAAUAUAGCGAAUACAAAUCGACUUUGCGACACUUUCGAGAAAAACACUUGGAGGAUCGGAGAUGUCAUAUGUGUAGUGAGGAUCUUCUACAUGAAAUGCAUAUUCGCAGACAUGCAGAAGACGUUCAUCGUCUUGCUACCGAACGCAAUUACUACGCGAAAGAAGAGUCAGGAUCAGACAUUGAUACGGACUGA